AUGAGGAAAAUCAAGUCUCGCACCUGGAAGAAGCAGCGCUACUUUAAACUGCAGGACGACUGCAUGACCAUCUGGUACAAGUCCAAGAAGGCUGGCAACACCCACUCCACAUUUUCAGUGAGCGAUGUGGAGGCAAUACGAGAGGGACACCAGUCCGAGGUGCUGCUCAGCAUCGCCGACGAGUUCCCGGCCGACCGAUGCUUCACACUUGUGUUCCGCGGUCGCAAGGGCAACCUGGAUUUGGUAGCCGAGUCAGCCGAAGAAGCACAGACCUGGAUCAGAGGCAUGAAGAAGCUGAUCGAGAACCUGGAGAACAUGGGGGAGCGGGAGAAACUUGACCAAUGGAUUGGUGACUGGUUCAGGAAGGCAGACAAGAACAACGAUGGCAGGAUGAACUUCAAGGAAGUGCAAGACUUACUGAAGAUGAUGAAUGUGGACAUGAACGAGCACCACGCUCAUCGUCUCUUUACGAUGGCUGAUAAGUCCCAGUCGGGAUCACUGGAGGACGAUGAGUUUGUGCUCUUCUACAAGAUGUUGACCCAGCGGGACGACGUCCUAAGGGUUUUCCAGGAGUACUCAGUUGAUGGCCAGAAGUUAUCCCAAAGUGACUUGGAGGACUUUCUGAGAGAGGAGCAGCUGGAUGGAAUCGACAUCCAGCAGCAAGCCAAGCAGCUCAUUGAGCGCUACGAACCCUCUGACACAGCCAAGCUGCUGAAUGCCAUGACAUUUGACGGCUUCUUGAUGUACCUGGGCUCAGCUGAGGGCUCCAUCUUCAACCCACAGUGGCGGGGCGUCUUCCAGGACAUGAGCCAGCCACUGUGCCAUUACUUCAUCUCCUCCUCCCACAACACCUACCUGAUGGAGGACCAGCUCCGAGGGCAGAGCAGCGUGGAGGGAUACAUCAGGGCUCUGAGUCGUGGCUGUCGGUGUGUGGAAGUGGACUGCUGGGAUGGUGCCAAUGGAGAGCCCAUCGUCUAUCAUGGACACACCUUCACCUCCAAGAUACUAUUCAAGGAUGUGGUCAACGCAGUGGGAAACUAUGCCUUCAAGGUAUCGGAAUAUCCAGUCAUCCUGUCCAUCGAGAACCACUGCAGUGUUGAGCAGCAGAGAGUCAUGGCCCAACACCUCAACCACAUCCUGGGUGACAAGCUGCUGAAAAGCACACUAGACGGAAAGGCCCCCAUCGGGCUGCCGUCGCCUGAGGAUCUCAAGGGGAAGAUUCUCCUGAAGGCCAAGAAAAUCGGGGGUCUGGAGGAGAGUUUCAACGGGAUGGUGGAGGACUCUCAGUCCGGAGAGGUCAGCGAUGAAGACGAGACGUCGGAAAUCAACGAAGAUAACCCUAACCGCGAGAGUGUCUGCCGCAGGGUUAAGUCAAAGCAGCGUCUGUCCAAGGAGCUGUCAGACUGUGUUGUGUACUGCAAAAGCGUCCACUUCAGUAACUUCAAACACUCGCUCAUCCACUCCAAGUUCUAUGAGGUGGCCUCUUUCACAGAGUCCAAGGCCCGCAAGCACCUGAGAGAGGCUGGGACCGAGUUUGUGCACCAUAACUCACGGCAGCUGACCAGGAUUUAUCCCAGCGGCUUCCGAACUGACUCCUCCAAUUUCAGUCCUCAGGAAAUGUGGAAUGCUGGGUGCCAAAUCGUCGCGUUGAAUUUCCAGACAGCCGGGGAGGGGAUGGAUCUGAACGACGGACUGUUUAGUCAGAACGGCAGCUGUGGCUAUGUCCUGAAGCCCAGGUUCAUGAGAGAGGUCGAGAAAGGAUUUGACCCCGAGACACCCCAACAAAGAGAUGGCUACCAACCUGUCCUCCUCACCAUACAGGUGAUCAGUGGUCAGCAGCUGCCCAAAGUCAACAUCAAAGAGGAUUCCAUCGUGGAUCCUCUGGUCAGAGUGGAGAUCCAUGGUGUUCCGAUGGACCAGGCCAAGCAGGAGACCAGAUACAUCGAGAACAACGGAUUCAACCCGGUGUGGUACGACACUCUGCGCUUCACCAUCUACACUCCUGAGCUGGCCUUGGUGCGCUUCGUGGUGGAAGACUACGACAAGACAUCUAAAAAUGACUUUGUGGGGCAGUAUGCGCUCCCUCUCGGCUGCAUGCAGCAAGGUUAUCGUCACAUUCACCUGUUGUCCAGAGACGGAACCGGCAUUCCCCCUUCCUCCUUAUUCGUACACAUCCGGAUCUCAGAACUGGACUAA